UCGGUCCCAGCCGAAGACUGCGAGACUCCAAAGGCCAUUUCUGGGGCUUGGUGUUCGGCCUUUUUUUUAAUCCUUUUUUCUUCCUCCUUCUUUCAUUUAAAUCAGCUUAAUCUGUACCCAAUUCGAUAACCCAGAUAUCCCGCUGCUCCAGCGGAACCUUUGUGACGCCGGAACCGAUGUGCUCUGUUAUGCUGGCGGCCGGAGGACUGUUUUGAUGAAGGACCACCAAGGAUAUGAGAAGAUUUGGUCGGGACAGUUCCGGCGGGAGAACGCGCCAGUGAGGUUGUCUUCGUCUCUUGAGAUGCACCGACAGAAUUUUCGACCCCCGACUCCUCCUUACCCCGGCCCGGGAGUAGGAGGUUGGGGUAGCGGGAGCAGCUUCCGAGGAACCCCGGGCGGAGGCGGACCACGGCCGCCAUCGCCGCGGGACGGGUACGGGAGUCCACAUCACACGCCGCCAUACGGGCCCCGGUCUAGGCCCUACGGGAGCAGCCACUCUCCGCGACACGGCGGCAGCUUCCCCGGGGGCCGGUUCGGGUCCCCAUCCCCUGGCGGCUACCCUGGCAACUACUCCAGGUCCCCCGCGGGGUCCCAGCAGCAAUUCGGCUACUCCCCAGGGCAGCAGCAGACCCACCCCCAGGGUUCUCCAAGGACAUCUACACCAUUUGGAUCAGGGCGUGGUAGAGAAAAGAGAAUGUCUAAUGAGUUGGAAAGUUAUUUCAAGCCUUCAAUGCUUGAAGACCCUUGGGCUGGCCUAGAACCAGUAUCUGUAGUGGAUAUAAGCCAACAAUACAGCAAUACUCAAACAUUCACAGGCAAAAAAGGAAGAUACUUUUGUUAACAUUUCUGAAAUUCAACUGGAAGCUUCAUGUGUCAGGAACAUCUUGGACAAAACUUUUGCUUGUAAUUAAGUUGAACCCUAACAUGGUGACUUUGGAUAAUUAGUUGUGUCUUUCAUCAUAUCAAGUAUUUUUGGUAUUAGAGAAGACAUUUGGUAGGAUAAUUUGCAAUAUUUAGCUCUCUGGAAGUGCCUACCACAUUUUAGAAGAUUGACAGUUUCCAAAUACUUAACAUUCUUGGUUAUAUAAUGGACAUUUGUCUUUUAAUGUUUUUCCAGUAUUUUAAAAUAAAACAUUCUGUUUUUCUAGCUAUAUUGUGAUUUUGUCAUAUGCUAACGAAGAAUUACUAAAGUAAUGCUUUGUAAUCACUUAGAAUUCAUAAGUAUAUAUUUUACAUACUACUUUUGAAGUGAAAUAGACUAUCCGUUGUGCUGUAGACAGUUCUACAUUUGUUAGAGAGGGGGUAAAGGAAGAGAAUAAAGGAGAUUCCUAUUCAUAUUAUAACCAUUGUUCUGCGUGCAUACUUUAUGUAAUGCUUUUGUAAAAAUGUAUUUAAAACUUGAUUGAAAGUUACAGGAACCCACUUAAGCUUAAAUUAAAAAGUACUUAUACCCUUUAUACUCAUUUAACUGGAAAGGGCAAAGGUAGACCUAUUUCUUUCAUAACUAGAUCAAAAUAUUCUGCCUCUGAAUUUCUCUACACACAUCUCAGUACUGUGAAGUCACUUUCUCUUGAGGCCCAGGAAUAUGGCUACCAGGAGUCUCAAAUGACUUCCAUUGUGAAGACAACAUUUCCUAACUCUGUCAAUCCCAGUGAAGACAGAUUGGCCAUGCUUAGAUCAUAUUUCAGUAGUCCUGAUCCAAUAACUGUGAUCAAGCCAGUGAGGCCUCAUUAGCUUGAACAUGGACCCACCCCUGAAAUGAGGCAGGGUCCGUGAUCUUCAGCCCCUCUAGGCCUACCCGGAUUAAAGAAAGGUUUUCCAAAGGAAGGAAUGCUAAGUAUCUAUACAUACUGUAAUGGGGAGAAAAAUAUAAAGAAGUGGGUUUUUCCCCCCCUACUAUUUAAACAAAAUCAAGUCUUACAUAACGGGCAGGCUGUUUGAGAUAUUUUGGAGUCACUAUAUAUGAUGGAAGUAUAGCUAGUUAAAGUUUUGUUUGAGCAUUCCCAGAAAGAAACCUGUAAAAGUGAAACGAUCACACCACCUAUUUGAGCCAUAACCAGUUUUAUUUGUAUGUUAGAUCUUUCACAGAGACAAAAAAGAAAAUGAGAAGGGAAGGAUUUUAGAUUUUAUAAGAGCUCCAUGAGUCCCUGGACUACUAGAGGUUACUAGCUAGGUGAGUUAUUUAACUUCUCUGUGCCUCAAUUUUAUCAUACGUAAAAUGAAAUUAAUAGUACCCAUGUCAUAGAGGUGUCGUGUUUGAGGAUUAAAUGGGUUUACCUGUGUGAAAACUUAGGCCACAGCCUGGCACAUAGUAAGCACUCAAUAAAUGGUAGCUAUUACUUUCUCACCCCUGUAUCCUCAGCUCUUAAAAUGAUGCCUGAAAAUAGGUGCUUAAUAAAUAUUUGGUGAAUGAAUGCAGACAUUCUGAUUAUAACUACUAUAUUGUUCUGCCUUUAUCUUCUAUAUAUAAAGGUAUCAGUUUUCCCCCCAAUGUUUUAAAGAGAAUGUCCCUAUUUUCUAACAUCUUGUCUUUCUAGAUGAUUAGAGGUCAUAAUGUAUGAUGAAAAUUAGAGCAAGUAGAAUACAUUUGUAUACCUUUUAUUGAGCUUCAUAGGUAAGAAAUAGUAUCUUUAGGAAAUGGCAUUUGGAAACAUUUUUUAAGCUAUUAGAGAUCACUGGAUUAUUGGCAAAGAUAAAAGGAAAUCAAGAAGGAUUUUAUGCAAACAUACUCAUAUUUGAAAGAUAUUCAAAUUAUAACUUCUAAUGGUUUGUAUGCAUUUUAUUUUACUACUUCUUGAGUGUAAUGUUAAACGAGUAAAUGUAAAAUUUCUUUUCUGCCAAGUUACCAACAUCUUCCAGAAGUCUGACCUUUUCAGAUUUUCAUAAGAGAAACAUUUUUUGUCCUCAGGAAAGGUACAUUGCUGUAUUGCUCUGGUUGGUAGUGUAUAUAGUUAUCAAAGUUCUUUCAAGAUUGAUUUUGGUUUGUUUAUAUUACUAGCCUAUUUUAGUUUAGCUGAGUGAAAGGAAUUGAUCAUUCUUUUAAAUGAUAAAUGAUUUUUUUAAGUGUUCCAGAAUAUACAUUUUUACCUCCAUAGAAAUGCUAAAUAACUUUGUUAGGGAAAUUUAUAGUUAAGUAUGCAUCUUAAAUAUUCAUAUAACUGAAGAGUGGAAGUAUAGUCUAUAGCUGGGUCUUCAGACAAUGGUGUGUAUACUUCUGGGAAUAUUUAACUAUAAAGGCAAAGAUAGCUUUAAGGAGAUCCAGAUCCAGAUCCUCAAAUCCUGUAUGUACUCAUUGUUGAAACUGAUCUGCCUAAUGAAUACUUCCAUGAUCAAUGGAUUGUGCCAGUUCUUUAUUCCCCCUUCUGCCUUUUCCUAAUUACCCUUCUCACACUUGAUGAAAGAAACCUAUGGCAGGUUCAUUUUUCAAAAAUGACAGCAGCAGUAUUUCAGAUCCCUCAUACUCUUCCAGAACUUUGCCUCUACCUCAUCAAGAUAUAGGGUUAUGUCCCUACCCUUUGAACCCAGGCAGACCUUUCUGACUGCCCAAGGAAUUAUGGUAGAAGUUAAUGUAUUUUCAUUAUGAGUGUGGUCUUAGAAAUGAUCCAGGCUGGCUGGCCCAUGUGAAGAUGAUCAGAACUCAGAUGUGUUGUCAAAUAGGGAGAUAGAGUGAUGACAGUUUUGGUUUAAUGACCUUGCCUUUCUUGGCUCUUGACUACUUAAAAAACCCAUUUUUCCUGUAGGUGACUCAUGUGACAGUAAAGCAAAGAGCAUGAACAUAACAUGAGGGGAAAAGCACCUUAUUUUUAGGCAAAUGAUAAAGAUGCUUGCUUCAUCUAUCUUAGAAUAUUCAGGAUUGGUAUAAAGGCAUGAUGGGUUUUGGUGAAGCUGCUGUCAGACAAACUGUCUUUUCUUUAUUUUCAAUUAUGAUAAAGAGCCUGAUGACUAUGUCUCAAACCUGUCUCAGUAGCAUGAUUUGCAUGAUUUCAAGGAGGAAGAAGUUAAAAGUUCCGUGUUUCUUUCUGACCUAUUAACAUUACAUCUUCAAGUUAAAAGAUCAUGUUCCAGAGGUAAGUUCAUAGUAUUUAUAUUUUCUAGAGCAUUUUUAAGGUUCUUAGGAAAAACAUUUUUAUUAUCCUUUGCCAGUUCAUUAGUAGAUUCUGGAAAUUCAUAUUAAUUUUUUACCUUGUCCAAGUCUCGUGCUUAUUAUCUGAGCCAUUUCUCUGCUUUUUUUCAUUCCUACUAUGUUUUUAGGUAUAAAUCAACAGAAAUGUUUUGUGGAUUUUACCGUAAAUAAAACACAGGAUAAUCAUCAGUAUACCUUGUAUAAGCGUGAGUUUAAGUGACCCAACAUCUUUUUUGCUCUUGAUUUCCAUAGUCUGACCUAAUUUUUCAUCUAGUCUACUAUUAUUAUAUGAUUAUAUGUAAUCCAUUAUAUACCACUUAGUAAAAACACUGCCAAUUGAACUAUAAUAUGCCAUCGAUUAUAAGAUGCAUCCUUUCAGAAAUAUUCAAAUGUGCAUCUUCGUUUGAUGAAAACCAUAAACAGUACUCUUAAAAGCAGAACAUAUAUUUACGUGUAGGUACAGAUGUAAAUGUCCAUAAAACGUAGUCUGGGACAUUGCAUUUAACUCCAGAAAACCAGCUUUAAUUCUUCUUUCUCAGAUGUUUGUAUUGUGUUUUAAUUCUAUAAAAAUCAUAAUCAUUUUUCAAAGAAAAUAAAACUUCUAAUCUAUGUAUAGUUAUCUUCAAGAAA